AUGGAGAGAGGGAGCCUGCUGUGUUUGGUGCUGGCCCAGCCAAGUGCUGUGGCUGCUGAGUUCCCUGGUCUCUGCUACAUCCCGAAGGAAGCAGAAGGAAGAGCAGCAUUGACCUGGAUUUAAUUUCAGGGCUCAGCAGAUUCGUACACAAGCAGACCCUCAGACUCUGAUGUCUCUUUGGAAGAAGACAGGGAAGCAAUCCGCCAAGAAAGAGAACAACAAGCAGCUAUACAACUUGAGAGGGCAAAGUCCAAACCAGUAGCAUUUGCUGUUAAGACUAAUGUGAGUUACUGUGGAGCUCUGGAUGAAGAUGUUCCUGUCCCAAGCACUGCCAUCUCUUUUGAUGCCAAGGACUUCCUACACAUUAAAGAGAAAUACAACAAUGACUGGUGGAUAGGAAGGCUGGUGAAGGAGGGCUGCGAGAUCGGCUUCAUCCCAAGCCCGCUCAGGCUGGAGAACAUCCGCAUUCAACAGGAGCAGAAGAGAGGACGUUUCCAUGGAGGGAAAUCAAGUGGAAAUUCUUCUUCAAGCCUUGGAGAGAUGGUUUCGGGCACAUUUCGAGCCACUCCCACUUCCACGGCAAAACAGAAACAAAAAGUGACAGAACAUGUUCCUCCCUAUGAUGUGGUUCCAUCCAUGAGACCUGUUGUCUUGGUGGGUCCAUCACUGAAAGGCUACGAGGUGACAGACAUGAUGCAGAAAGCUCUCUUUGACUUCCUGAAGCACAGGUUUGAUGGGAGGAUAUCAAUAACUAGAGUGACAGCUGACAUUUCUCUUGCUAAGAGGUCUGUUCUCAAUAAUCCCAGCAAGAGGGCAAUAAUUGAGCGGUCAAAUACAAGAUCCAGUUUAGCUGAAGUACAGAGUGAAAUUGAAAGAAUCUUUGAGCUGGCGAGGUCCUUACAGCUGGUUGUCCUGGAUGCAGACACUAUCAAUCACCCUGCACAACUCAUCAAGACAUCUUUAGCACCCAUUAUUGUCCAUGUUAAAGUGUCUUCUCCAAAGGUUUUGCAGCGACUGAUUAAAUCCAGAGGAAAGUCACAAAGCAAACACUUGAAUGUUCAGUUGGUGGCAGCUGAUAAACUUGCACAGUGCCCACCAGAAAUGUUUGAUGUAAUUUUGGAUGAAAAUCAGCUGGAAGAUGCUUGUGAACACUUGGCAGAGUACCUCGAGGCAUACUGGCGUGCUACCCACACCACCAGUAGCACCCCCAUGACUCCUCUCCUUGGCAGAAAUUUAGGAUCCACUGCACUUUCACCAUAUCCUGCUGCAAUCUCUGGAUUACAGAGCCAGCGUGUGAGGCACAGCAGCCACUCUGCAGAGAACUCUCCCAUCGAGCGGCGCGGCCUCAUGACCUCAGAUGAAAACUACCACAACGAAAGGGCUAAAAAACGGAAGAGCAGGAACCGCUUGUCUUCCAGUUCCCAACACAGCCGAGAUCACUAUCCUCUGGUGGAAGAAGAAUACUCUGACUCAUACCAGGACACUUACAAGCCCCACAGGAACAGAGGGUCCCCUGGAGGAUACGGCCACGAGUCACGACACAGGCUUUGA